AUGUUGUUAGAAUCAAUAGUAGUUUUGACCCUCAGCCUUUUGAAAGAAGCUUUUGCUGUGCCAUGUACCGUACCAUCAUUAUCAAUGUGCGAUUGUAGUGGAACUGUAGUUGCCUGUAGAUCCAAUAAUUUAGUACAAAUUCCAAGUAGUAUUCCUACAGAUACAACACGCUUAGGGCUAAAUCAAAAUAAAAUUCAGUCGAUAGAUGCCACAUCAUUAUCUGGAUUAACAUCGCUUGAGUACUUAUGGAUGGAAUACAACGAAAUUUCGAGUAUAGAAGAUGGUGCGUUCUCUAGUCUGAGGUCUUUGAAAGUUUUAUAUAUAUACGAUAAUAAACUAACCAGCAUAGAACCCGAUAUAUUUAAAAGUCUUGGAUCAUUGGUAGAAUUAAAUUUAGAAUACAACGAAUUGACAACGGUAUCAGCUAGUAUAUUUGCAGAAUUAACAGAUAUAGAAGAAUUGUGA